CGCGGCGGGUCCGGGGGCGGGGCGGGCUCGGCUCGGCGGCCUGCCUCGUCGGCCUCGGAGCGAGGCGAACGCGCGCGGACCCCGCACCGGUCGCGGACCCGCCAUGGGCCCGCCCGACCCCGGGCUCCGCGCUGCGCGAGUACCAUCCUAAAGCCAGAAUUGAAGCUACAAGAUGGCUGAUCGGGACCCAGGGGGCAUCAGCCCCCUCCAGCAGAUGGUGGCCUCAGGCGCCGGGGCCGUGGUCACCUCCAUCUUCAUGACCCCCCUGGACGUGGUGAAGGUCCGCCUGCAGUCUCAGCGGCCCUCGGUGACCAGCGAUGCGAUGCCUCCCGCCAGGCUCUGGAGCCUCUCUUACACCAAAUUGCCCCCCUCUCUCCGACCCACAGGGAAGUGCCUCCUCUACUGCAAUGGUGUCCUGGAACCCCUGUACCUGUGCCCAAACGGUGCCCGCUGUGCCACCUGGUUUCAGGACCCCACUCGCUUCACCGGCACCAUGGAUGCCUUUGUGAAGAUUGUGAGACACGAGGGCACCAGGACCCUGUGGAGUGGCCUCCCAGCCACCCUGGUGAUGACUGUGCCAGCAACCGCCAUCUACUUCACGGCCUAUGACCAACUCAAGGCCUUCCUGUGUGGUCGAGCCCUGACCUCUGACUUCUGUGCACCCAUGGUGGCUGGUGCAUUGGCCCGCUUGGGCACUGUGACUGUGAUAAGCCCCCUAGAGCUGGUACGGACAAAGCUGCAGGCUCAGCAUGUGUCAUACCGGGAGUUGGGUGCCUGUGUCCGAACCUCCGUAGCUCAGGGCGGCUGGCGCUCACUCUGGCUGGGCUGGGGCCCCACUGCUCUUCGGGAUGUGCCCUUUUCAGCCCUGUAUUGGUUCAACUAUGAGCUGGUAAAGAGCUGGCUGAGUGGGCACAGGCCAAAGGACCAGACAUCGGUGGGCAUCAGCUUUGUGGCUGGUGGCAUCUCAGGAACGGUGGCUGCCAUCCUGACUCUACCCUUUGAUGUGGUGAAGACUCAACGCCAGGUUGCGCUGGGAGCCGUGGAAGCUGUGAGAGUGUCACCUGUGCACGCCGACUCCACCUGGCUGCUGCUGCGGAGGAUCCGGGCCGAGUCCGGCACCAGGGGACUCUUUGCAGGCUUCCUCCCAAGGAUCAUCAAGGCUGCCCCCUCCUGUGCCAUCAUGAUCAGCACAUAUGAGUUGGGCAAAAGCUUCUUUCAGAGGCUCAACCUGGAACAGCCGCUGAGCCAGUGAGAGGAGCGCGGGGACGAGGGCCCCAUCUCUCCCGUGGAUGGCGUGGGGCAGGAGGAGUCUGAGCCAAGUGCCUUGUCCUCAGGGGAGGGGCCUCAUUUUCCCCUCCCCGCUCAGCCCCAAGGGUACCAGCCCCUCUGUCGGGCCUGCCCAGGCCCCCAUCAGACAGCUUUCUUCCUGCUGGUCCUCAUCCCAAGCCCCAAGGAUCAUCACUUUUCCACCCAACCCCCCAAGUUCAAGACCAAAUCUGUUAACUCUCUCCUCCCCCUGCCCUCUUGCCCAUUUUCCUGUGUUCGUUGUAGCUGGGCCUGCCCCCCAAGGCCCACAGAACCCUGGACCUGGCCAGUCUGAACCUACUGCUGUUAAUUCAUUGAGUGUAAAGAUGA